AUGGAGACGGACGCGCGCGGCGCGGCCGUGCUGGGCGGCCUGGCCGAGGUGGUGGAGCGCGUCCUCGGCUUCCUGCCCACCAAGGCGCUGCUGCGCGCCGCCUGCGUGUGCCGCCUGUGGAGGGAGUGCGCCCGGCGCACGCUGCGCGCGCGGCAGCGCCUCGCCUGGGUGUCGGCGCUGGAGGCGGGUCCCGGUGAGAGCCACGCGCUGGUGCGCGCCCUGGCCCACGAGCUCGAGAAGGUGCAUGUGCUGCCACAGACUGUGCUCUACAUAGCAGAUGCAGAAACUUUCAGUGGACACGAGGAGUGUCACGAACAGAAGAAAGCAAGAAAAAGAAACAGUAAAGAAACGGCGAUUGAGCUAGAAAAAUUGUUGCCAAAGCGAUGUCAGGUUCUUGGACUCGUCACCCCAGGGAUUGUAGUUACCCCUAUGGGUUCAAGCAGCAAUCGACCUCAAGAAAUCGAAGAAGGUGAAGCUGGCUUUGCUCUUUUGUUCCCCAAAAUUGAUGGGGUGAAAAUCCAAACCUUCCAUUUUUUUAAAGACUUGAAGAACAGGGUCUUCGAUGAAAAUAAAUUUUCGGAAGCAGGUCUGAAAAAUAAUCCAGAUCUCCGUGUGGUUCUUCUGUUUGGCUACAAUUCCUGGAAGUCUGGAGCUACUCGGUUUCUUCAUCAAAUAGUCAAUCCUUUGAAUGAAAAAAGUAUCAUCCUUGCUGGGGGUCAAGUGGAGAGUUUUACAUCACUGAUCUCUGAACACACCAGCGCGCAGCCCAGUGAUGCCUGYGGGGUGGUCGGACUGGCCUUCAGCGGUCCCCAGAUCCAGAGCGCCACCGUUUUGUUAGACCAGGACGUAGCUGACGAGAGGACAGCAGAAGCCGCCAUGCAGCGCCUCAAAGCAGCGAACAUCCCUGAGCGUAACACCGUUGGCUUCAUGUUCGCCUGUGUUGGCAGAGGAUAUCGGCAUUAUAAAACCAAAAGGAAUAUGGAAGCAGAUGCCUUUAGGAAGUUUUUUCCGAAUGUUCCGCUCUUUGGCUUUUUUGGACAUGGGGAAAUAGGAUGUGAUCGAAUAGUUACUGGGAAUUUCGUACUGAGAGAAUGUAAUGACAUAAAAGAGGACCUGCUUCAUGGUUAUACUACAGUUAUGACUCUUAUUCAUCUUGGUUCAACUAAAGCAAACCAAGUGUAAAUGUUUUUAAUGCACCAGUGAACUGUUUGCUUUCAUUACAGAAAACUGAGAAGUCUGGGAGAGUGGAUAUCGUGCAGUGAAAGCACCUUCCGAAACGUUGUUUUCUUAACAUUAUCAAAUCUUGUAGUCUGCAUAGCAUUUAAUAUGGUAGCUAUGGGGAAGCUUUGCAUUUUGCAUAAUCCUGUAAGCACAUCAGCAGGUAAAAUGCAGGUAAAUUGUAAUUGAUGCAGCCUGGCAGCUGAGGAAGGCCACUUUCUUCUAAGAUGAGAAAAAAUUUCCACAGAUAGCAGCUGGAAUCCAAAUAUCAACAUGUGGAAAUAAAGAGUGUUUUGAUAYUAUCUAUUUAUGUAUGUAAAACAAUCUGGAAGAUCUGCUGAUGCAUACUGAGAUACUGAUGCAUGAAAUCCACCUUUUCCUGA